AUGGAGACUGAGCCUGGAAGAGAGCAGACAGACCCUGGGCCAGAGUCCUGUAACAGGCCCCAGGGUGAGCCUUUCCCCCAGCUGCUGCUGCUGGGGCUGCUCUGUGUCACAGAGCUCUGUGCUGUGCCAGCUGCUCUGCAGAAAGAUCCCAAGUGUGGGCAGAAAGUGCAAGAGACCAGCCCGUGGAGUUAUUUUGUCCUUUUCACUCUGAUUGUUGGGGGAAACCAGGUGAAGCAAGGCUCACACCCAUGGCAGGUUUCCCUGAAGAGAAGGCAGAAGCAUUUCUGUGGAGGCACCGUUGUUUCUGCUCAGUGGGUGGUCACAGCAGCUCCUUGCACCCUGGACAGGAACCUACUGCAAUACUUGCAUGUCACUGCAGGAGAGCAUGGCUUGGGGCUCAGGGAGAGCAGUGAGCAGACACUGCCUGUCACAUCUGUCAUGCAGCACCCCAAGUGUGACCCCAGGACUCCAAUGAACUCUGACAUUGCCCUUCUGAAGCUGGAUGGCACCUUCAACUUCACUAAGGUCAGAGUUUCAUCAAUUUUGCCAGCAAGUCUUCCUCACCCAGGUGAAAAGUUUGAAGCAGGAUAUAACUGCACUGCUUUUGGCUGGGGCCAUUUAAAGGAAAAUGGACUGCUCUCUCAGGGCUUGUAUGAAGUCAAUCUCCCAGUCCCAAACAGCAGAGAGUGUUCACGAGCACUGUCAACUUUAAAGAAACCCAUCCAAGGUGACACCAGAAUGUGUGCUGCAUUUCCAGAUGGAGGAAGAGAUGCCUGCCAGCACACAGGGCCCUGGAGAUCCCUUUUGUGUCGAGGCAAGCACGGGGCCUGGAGCCUUGCUGGUGUCAUCUCUUGGGUGGGAUGUGCCUGCAGCUGGAUAAGGAGUGAGAAGAAGAAACAUUACAACAGAGGAUCCCUGGGAAUAUUCCCAGACCUCAGCAUGGUGCUGUCCUGGGUUCAGGAGGACAUGAGUGCUGAUCUGAAAGUGAAAAGCUCCACAGCGUUUUGUAGUGUUCAGCAUGGCAAACUCUGCACCAGUGAAGGGGAAUUACAUUUUCCUGUAAGGCCUGGACAGUUCUAUCAAAACCACCAGGAAGCAGAGAAAACAAAAUUGUGUAUAUGGACUCUGUUUGUGCCAGAAGGGAAUUACAUAUGGCUUCGUUUCUCCCACUUUGAUGUAGAGCCAGAAGUGUUUGAUUAUGAUUCUUUAUCAGUCUAGUCAAAAGAUGACAGACUCGUAGGGAAAUUCUGUGGAGGAGAUCUUCCAUUACCUCUUUUGAUUGGCUGCAAUAGCAUAAGGCUGAAAUUUGUUUCUAAUGAUGAGGAUUAUGGAACUGGUUUUUCCAUUACCUACAAAGCUCUUACACCAGAUAUUCUUCCUGGUGCUGGCUGUGAGUCCCUCUUUGAAGAAGGAAUGCUGGAGAGUAUGCACUACCCAGAGCUCUACAGCAACCUGGCAGGCUGUCAGUGGCUAAUCAUCUGUGCUCCACAGGACCACGUAGUCAAGUUUACAUACCAGUCCUUUGAAGUAGAAGAGAGUGAAGAUUGCUCCUAUGAUGCCAUGACUGCGUAUGAAGAUGUAGGAGAAGAGGAAGAAAUAGUCAAAUCUUGUGGAUUUGCCCUACCAGCACCUGUUCCAAGCUCCUCUGCUGUGAUGCUGGUUGUCUUCCACUCUGAUGAAACAGAGACCUUUGGAGGAUUCAGAGCUACAUUCUCCUUUGUUCAUGUAACAGAUUUAAAUAUUUUGAAUUCAACUAAAGAAGAAGAUUUUGAAAACAUGAAUGUUACUGAAGAAGAAAUAAAGGUUACAACAGAGGAUGCUUGUGGAAUGCCUCCAAACCAACCCAGGUUCCUCUUCAGCAGGAUAACUGGAGGUGAAGAAGCUGUGCCCUACUCGUGGCCUUGGCAGGCCAGUGUGCAAACUGCAGAUGAGCACAUCUGUGGAGGAGCAGCCCUUGCCCAAGAAUGGGCUGUCACAGCUGCCUUCAUUCCAGGUGAGGAAGUAUACAGAGACUUAUGGAUGGUGAUAACAGGACUUCAGGAUCUUACAGAGGAAGAGUACACACAGAAAAGGUCAGCCAAGCAGUAUUUUAUACACCCAAAUUUUAACAGGACCACUCUGGACUCUGACACUGCCCUGCUGCAACUGGCUGAGCCCUUGGAAUUCAGCCCCUCCGUGCUCCCAGUGUGCUUCCCUGCCGAGGAGGAGGUACUGCAGCCCUGGAGGAUGUGUGUGGUCACAGGGUGGGGCGCACCUGAAGCAGGUAUGCAAGAGAAAAGGGAAGUGCAGCAGCUGGAAGUCCCCAUCCUGGCACUGAGCGUAUGUCAGAGCUAUUACAUAAACCUUCCCAGUAAAGUGACCCAGGGGAUGAUGUGUGCAGGAUUCCCUCUGGAGGAAGGCAAGGACUCAUGCACAGGAAGUUCCUUUGUCCUUGUGCAGGGUGAUUCUGGAGGUCCAUUAGUUUGUCCUUCAGGAGACAACUCGGGGUUUUACACUCUCCAUGGAAUUACUAGCUGGGGCUUGGCAUGUGGAAGGAAGAACUACCCAGGAGAAUACACCAAUAUUAAUUUUUUUAUUGACUGGAUCAAGAAGAAUAUUAAUAAUAGUGAGCUCCCCCUUUUCAUUGUGUGACUGUCAAAAGAACAGUUCUGAUGGAUUCUGUUGUAAAACAUUCCCAAAGCACAAAUGUCAUUGAAAACAAAAUUUGCUGGGAGCAUGCAGGUUUUUGACUGAUGAACAGAUUCCAGAGUAGCUGAUACUUACCCUGGGAAAUUUACUGCUGAUUUACCUGAACUGAGACUUUGGCUUUUCACGUGUGUUGGAGCAGUCACAAGUUACCUGCAGGCUUCUGACACUCUGUUAAUCCAUCUUAGAAGGGAAAAGAGGGAAAAUAAGCCACAUGAGCCAAGCAUGUCCUUGCUUGUCCUCCUUAAAUGUAGUGCUGGAGAGUGUAAAAAUACUGCAGGAUAUUUUUAAUACAGUCUCUGGUUUUACAAAUUGUUUGGUGUUUAAACAAAAGUGUUUGAAAAGACAGGUGUUACAGGCCAAGGGACCAUGCAAGAACUGACAGCUAUCCUAAUUAAUCUAUGCAUUAACUCGUAACUAGCAGUUUGCUUAAUGUCCAAAAGGCUGCUUAUACAGAAAUCUCAAUGGUCCAGAUAAUAAUUGGAUAUCUCACUCAGUUUUUGUUGAUAUUAAUGGCAAAACUAUUUUGAGAGUUUUUCCCAUACAUGCAUUUGAUGCCAGUAACCCUCCUUUUUUUAUUGUAUUAGUUUUGAACCUCGGUUCUUUAGGUUUUUUUUUAAACUUUCAAUUUUAUUCUGUAGCUGGGGAAACAAUAAUCUCACUGCUUUUAUUCUCCACUUUCUUCUCUUCACUGUAAAGUUUGAGGCAAAAGCCCACAAAAUAUUGAGCACGAGUUUUUUGUGAAGCUAUGAAAAUGUUUAACAGUGGAAGGGUUAUGGGCAAAUUGAGAUUCAGUGAUUCAGAUUAACAGCUGUGUUACAUUAUUGAUAGAGUAUGCAUCCUCUAUUUUUGCCAAGCUCUCUGAAGAGAUCUUCAGAGAGAAAUGGAGGGAAAAUAUCCUUUGUAAAUUUUUACCAUAGAAGCCUGUUAGUGUUUGGUUAUGGUGGAAGUUGCCAUUAGCUGACUGUAUCAGUUUAUGCUGGGAGCAGAUGUGUAUUAUCCCUUGGCUGCUAUUCUGUUUUUCUUAACAGGAGCACAGUGACUUUUAUCUGUUUAUUAAUUUAAAACAAGGAUUUCAAGUGAAUGUGUUCAGAAAAGCAAAAAUUGUGUGGGGAGAACGACAGGUGAUAUCAGCUGUGAUGAUGUUGAAUGCAGUGGUUAUAUACUGAUAAAUUGGCGUCUCUUAUGAAAAUUCCUGUCUUAAAUUCUGUUUUACAGUGUCUGCUUUUGAUUUGAUUGUUAUGGCACUAAUUUUUUGCUUGGCUGCUUGAUGUUGGGCUUUUGUGUUUCUCCUAAUACGACUUUACAAGGAGCCUAGUUUUUGCUUUUGUUUGUCACAUCUUUUUAGUCUCUUGUAAGUUGCCAGUAGCUUUUAGCAACAAUGUGAACUGUUUUCUGAUGCAAAUGAAAUCUUGAUUUAAAAAAAAAAAAAAACAAAACUAAAAAAUAAUAAUAACUAUUACUUUCAAGGGUGUCCAUGUAAUGGGAUUCUGUUUAAUG